AAUGAAGCCUAUCUUGAUCCAUCUGUCUUUUAUAUUAAAGGCAAAUAUGAAGCAACAUUUCAAAAACAAAUAUCUACUACUAUUCUUGAUGAACUAGCAACAAAAGCAGAAGACUAUACUUGUUCUGCUAAUGCUGUUAAAACCAACUCCAAAUAA